AUGCUUUUCCGCUCGCUGCGGGUAUUCAUCCUCGCCGUCUGCUCAUGCCUGAGCGUCGGAAGUCCAAUCGCCAAACGCAAGACUCCAGGACCAAGCGUGUCUAAUGAACUGUUUGCCAAAUUUGUACGUUAUGCAGACUUCUCCUCUGCAGCAUACGCAUCCGAUUGUCCGAAUCCCCCGUUCGGAGCAACUGUCACCCACCGAAUCAACAACCCGGAUACGGACACUCAAGGCUUUGUAGCGCGAGACGACACUGCCAAAGAGAUUGUCAUCGCCUUCCGCGGCACCUCCAAUCUCGCAGAUUUUGGGACGGACUUCUCGCAAAAGCUCAUCCCGUACACAUCCCCUGGCGUGACGGCCGCCUGUGACGACUGUACAGCACACGAAGGCUUCCUCACCGCUUGGAACAGCGUCGCCAACGAGUCCAUCCUGGCCGUCCGUGAUCAGCUCUCAUCCAACCCUUCCUACGCCGUCACAGUCACUGGACACUCGCUUGGCGCCUCGCUGGCCGCGCUCGCCACCCUAUCCUUCAUCGGCUCCGAUAUCCCCGUGACUACGUAUACUUUUGGCCAGCCACGUACCGGCAACGCGGCGUGGGCCGACUUCGUCGACCAGCAGGCGCCGUCGAGCAAGUUGUUCCGCGUCACGCAUGCCAACGACGGCGUGCCGCAGACGAUCCCCACGAGCGACGGGUACAAGCAUCACUCGACCGAGUACUGGCAGCGAGACGCGGCAACGCCAUUAGGCGUAUUCCAAUGUUCCGGGCAGGAGCCUUCGGACUGUAAUAACUCGGUCAGAGGCACCGGCCUAGGUGCACACGGUAUCGGCAUCAAUGCUGCUCAUCUUAAGUAUCUCAGCGUCUCGACGGGCAACCCUCUCGAUGGUGGAGCGACUGCCUGCAAGGGCAAACCGCCUGGUAUUUUGGGUGGCCUUGAAGGUUUCUUGGGGCUUGAGGAUUAA